AUGGCCUCUAUUCGCGUUCUUUCCUUCGAUGCUGAGGGCCGUCCCGUGCAGUUCACUUCCUGGCUCGACGACCUGCAGUUGUAUCUUAUGAGCAAUAGCACGGACCACAUCUCCCUCUAUGACUACGCGUCUGGUGCUGCCGCUGCUCCUGCUGCCACAGCCGAGCUUAGUGUACGUUCACAGUGGCAGACUCGUGACGCUGCAGCUCGCCUGGCUAUUCGCAGUCACCUGCCGUUACCUGAGCUAGAGCACUUUGGCGACUGCAAAACCGCUAAAGCCCUAUACGACGCUGUCGUUGCUCGCUACUCCUCACCUGCCACAGCCGAGCUUAGCCGUCUCAUGCUGCCUUACCUGUUCCCUGACCUGUCCACCUUUGCUACAGUCGCCGAUCUUAUCACCCACCUUCGCACUAGUGAUGCUCGCCUGCGUGCCGCCCUUCCCACCGAGUUCUGCGCUAAGAACCCCCCUCCCCUGUACUGGGCACUCCACUUCAUAGUCACCCGUCUCCCUGACACCCUCAGCUCAGUGCGCGACUAUUUCCUUGCUCGCUGUCCCACUGAGCUCACUGUCGCCCUCCUAGAGGAGAAGCUGCUAGCAGCCGAGAAGAGCAUUGUAGCUGUAGGUGCUGCUCGCGGCGCUCCUCGCACCCCCAUCUUUGAGGGAUGCUCUCCCUCUCCCCUCGCUCCCUCCUAUGCUACUGCUGCUGCUGUUGACUUCCUUGGUGCUGAGACUGCUGGCGCUGCUUCUGCUCCUGGUGGGAGGCGCCGCACCGGCAAGGGCAAGGGGGGCAAGGGUGGCGGGGGUGGCGCUGGGGGGGGAGGGGGUGGGGGAGGUGGGGGGGGAGGCGGUGCUGGAGGGAGCGGUGGCGGGAGUGCCGGUGGGAGUGGGGCCGGCGGCGGAGGCGGGGGCGGCGGCGGGAGCAGUGGCGGUGGUGGCAGCGGCGGCAGUGGCGGCGGUGGCGGUAGUGGCGGUGGCGGUGGCGGUGGUGGCGGUCGGAGCGGAGGUAGUGGCGGCGGUGGAGGUCGGAGUGGAGGCACAGGCUCGGGCCAGAGCUCCCAGCAGCAGCAGCGUCCCCAGUCGACCCAGCAGCUUCGUGAGUGGCUUGCUCAGCGUGGGACGUCGGGGGGCAGUGGCCGCUGUUCCUAUGUCAUUCGCACAGGUGAUCGCAAGGGGCAGACGUGUGGAAAGUUCCACACUCAGUACCGCUGCUUCUUCCGCCUUGACGACGCUUGGCGUGAGGAGAUGGGCGAGGAUGUUGAGCGCCCUCGCUGGGCUGAGCUGAUGAGGGCUGGGGUUGAUAUCUUUGCUCUUGACUAUGAUGCUAUUAUUGCUGCCAUGUAUGCAUUGACUGUUAGUGCCGAGGGAGACUGUUACUUGUGUGUGCCGCCUGACCCAGGUAUCGGGCCCGCUGCCCUAGGUACUAGUGAGUCUGCUCUCUCUGGUAUGGUGCCCCCUGUACCUGCUCCCUCCAGCACUGUCCCUGCUGCUUGCGAGUCUGCUCUCUCAGGUACAGCACCCACAGAGACUGCUCUCUCAGGUACUGCACCGGCUGAGCCCUGUCACACCUUCACCCUUGACUCAGGUGCUUCCCGCUGCUUCUUUCGAGACAGUACUGAGCUCACACCGCUUCCUGCACCGGUCCCAGUCUCCUUGGCUGACCCCUCUGGGGGCCCGGUCCUUGCCCGGUCCACCACUGUGCUCCCUUGUCCGGCGGUUCCGUCUGGCUCGUUGACGGGUUUCCACCUCCCCUCGUUCUCGACGAACCUGGUGAGCAACGCUGUCAUCCAGGAUCAGUGGGUUGACACCUUUACCCCUGGAGGACAGCGUGUGGCGAUCUGCACGUGCUCCAGGACCGGCCGUCACCUGGCUACGUUUACUCGUCGGCCGGGGUCGAGUCUCUACACACUGACCACUGCGUCUCCUCAGGUCGCUGCUGUCGGUCAGGUGUCCGCGUCAGGUCUGGUAGCCCACGCCUGUGAGUGUCGUUCCCUGUCGCACCAGACUCUUCUCUGGCACCACCGCCUGGGUCACCCCUCCUUGCCACGCCUCCGUGGCAUGCACCGUCGCCACCUUGUUGCUGGGUCUGAGUCUGCGUCUGUCUGUCCUCCGUCCGUCGGGGGUGAGUGUGCUCUUGGCACGGACGUCCUUGAGGACAGGCAGGAGGACUUUGACUCUCUCGCGGCUGCUGUACCUCAUCUCGUGGCCUGGUUGCUUGCCCCUGAGGGAGACCCGGAUGCACUAGACAUCCCCACUCCGCGCACUUACGCAGAGGCGAUCUCGGGUCCCUACUCCUCUCAGUGGCAGACAGCCAUGGACGCAGAGAUGGCAUCCUGGAAGUCCACAGGCACCUACGUCGACGAGGUUCCCCCUCCUGGGACGAACAUCGUCGAUGGCAUGUGGAUUUUCAGGGUGAAGCGGCCGCCAGGUUCUCCGCCUGUCUUCAAGGCUCGUUACGUUGCUAGAGGCUUCAGUCAGCGUCAGGGGGUCGACUUCUUCCAGACCUUCUCCCCCACCCCGAAGAUGACCACUCUUCGGGUUCUGCUGCACGUUGCUGCUCAGCGUGACUACGAGCUUCACUCUCUUGACUUCAGCACAGCGUUCCUGCAGGGCAGCCUGCACGAGGAGAUCUGGCUGCGCCGCCCACCUGGCUUUACUGGGUCGUUUCCUCCUGGUACCCAGUGGAGCCUCCGCCGGCCAGUCUACGGUCUCCGCCAGGCGCCACGCGAGUGGCACGACACACUGAGGACUACACUUGCGGCUCUUGGGUUCGCGCCGUCUACUGCUGACCCGUCGCUGUUUCUGCGCACAGACACGUCGCUGCCGCCAUUCUACAUUCUCGUGUACGUCGACGACUUGGUCUUUGCUACUGCUGACACUGAGGCACUCGCUCGUGUGAAGUCGGAGCUGCAGAAGAGACACACCUGCACUGACCUGGGUGAGCUGCGUAGCUACCUUGGCUUGCAGAUCACCCGGGACAGAGCUCGCCGCACCAUCACCCUGACUCAGUCACACAUGGUGCAGCAGGUCCUUCAGCGCUUCGGCUUCCAGUUCUCCUCACCACAGGCCACACCUCUGGCUACCAGCCACUCGCUCUCAGCUCCACCUCCGGACGAGUCCGUAGAGCCGAGUGGCCCGUACCCAGAGCUUGUGGGCUGCCUCAUGUACCUGAUGACUUGCACGCGACCUGACCUCGCGUACCCUCUUAGCAUCCUUGCUCGUUACGUUGCGCCUGGGAGACACAGGCGAGAGCACUGGGAGGCUGCUAAGAGGGUGCUGCGCUACUUGUGCAGUACAUCAGGCAUGGGGCUGGUGCUUGGAGGACACGACAGAGUUGUCCUCACUGGUCACUCGGACGCUUCUUGGGUGGACGACCUGGCUACGCAGCGGUCGUCACAGGGUUACACCUUCAGCCUUGGCUCUGGUUCUGUCUCGUGGCGGUCCACCCGCUCUUCCUCUGUUCUCAGCUCUAGUUGUGAGGCUGAGAUCUACGCCACAGCCAUGGCUGCACAGGAGUUACGCUGGCUCACCUACCUGCUGACUGACUUGGGAGAGCGGCCUAGUUCUCCUCCAGUUCUGUACGGUGACAACAAGGCGGCUCUUGCCUUGUGUCAGGAGCACAGACUGGAGCACAGGACGAAGCACAUUGCUCUUCGCUACUUUCUUGCUCGAGAGCUUCAGCAGCGCGGUCAGCUUCGGCUUGUGUACGUGGACUCGAAGGCCAACACUGCUGAUAUCUUCACCAAGGCGCUCCCGCCUAGUGAUCAUCAGCGGCACUGUACUUCUUUAGGCCUUGUGUCCACGUUUCCUCACUUGCUCACUGCUUGA